AAAAGAGCGCGGUCUACACCCACACACAAUAGUCCCGAACAGCCAAACAAAAGCAUCGACUGCGCGCGUUCUCUUUGCCGCUAGCCAGUCGAAGAUAGAAACCCAACGAAACGCCAGCGCUUGCAUAAUAAGGAACACAAGAGACAAAUCACCACAACGUGUCCGAUCUCAGCUCGAAAAUGUUCAAAUUGAUACGCAGCAAAAGCAGCGCUUUGCCACAUGGCGCGCUUAAAAACUAUGCGCGCUGCUUUGGCAGCGUUGUGCCCGAUGUCCAGCUGCAGGACUUUUCUGUGGAGAAUGAGACCAUUUUGAGCUAUAGGAAGAACUCGCCCGAACGCAAAGCGUUGCAGGAGGCACUGAAGCGCACCGCCGCCACAUGCGAGGAUGUGCCAAUUGUCAUAGCCGGCAAGGAGUACAAAACGGAUCGUGUAGUGCAUCAAGUGAUGCCGCACAAUCAUGCCCACAAGCUGGCCAAGUUCUACUAUGCUGACCAGAAGCUAAUUCAACAGGCCAUCUGCUCAGCCGUCGAGACUCAAACCAAAUGGGAUCGUGUGCCGCUGGUGGAGCGCUUGAAAAUAUGGGAACGUGCUGCAGAUUUGAUGGCAGGCAAAUAUCGUCAGGACUUGAAUGCAGCCACCAUGCUGGGUCAGUCCAAAACCGUUAUACAAGCGGAAAUCGAUGCAGCUGCCGAACUUAUUGAUUUUAUAAGGAUACAUGCGUACUUUUUAAAGGAGUGUACCAAGUAUCAACCCAUUAGCGAGAAUAUCAAGGUUACGAAGAACUCAAUGCGUUAUCGUGGUAUUGAUGGCUUUAUUGCCGCUGUCAGUCCAUUCAACUUUACGGCCAUAGGUGGAAACUUGGCCUACACGCCCGCACUAAUGGGCAAUGCUGUGCUGUGGAAGCCUUCGGACACAGCGCUGCUGUCCAACUGGCGCAUUUUCAAUAUAAUGCGUGAGGCUGGCUUGCCCGAUGGCGUGGUUAACUUUGUGCCCGCCGAUGGGCCUGUGUUUGGUGAUACCAUCACUGCCUCACCCUACCUGGCUGGCAUCAAUUUCACCGGCUCAGUGCCCACAUUCAAUCGACUGUGGAAGCAGGUGGCUAAGAAUAUUGAUAGCUAUAUCAACUUUCCACGCCUCAUUGGCGAAUGUGGCGGCAAGAAUUUCCACUUUGUGCACGAGUCAGCGGACGUGGAGUCGGUGGUUACCUCCACCAUACGUUCGGCCUUUGAGUACUGCGGUCAGAAAUGUUCCGCCUGCUCGCGUAUGUAUGUACCAGAGUCGCUAUGGCCUGCGAUCAAGUCGGGGCUGCAACGUGAGGCGGAGCAGUUAAAGAUUGACGAUGUGCAGGACAUGAGCACCUUCACCUCGGCUGUUAUCGAUGAUAAAGCAUUUAAACGCAUUACUAGCUAUAUUGAGCAUGCCAAGAAGAGCUCCAAUUUGGAAAUCAUUGCGGGUGGCACCUAUUCGGAUAGCAAGGGUUACUUUAUUAAUCCAACCAUUGUGCAGACAACUGAUCCCUUGGAUCGUAUUAUGACUGAGGAAAUCUUUGGUCCCGUGCUCACUAUUUACGUAUACAAAAAUUCAGAUUUGGAUAAAGCCAUGGAUCUGGUAGGCACCUCAACUAAAUUUGCACUUACGGGCGCUGUAUUUGGACAAGACAAAGAAUUUGUUUGCCGUGCACUAGAGGAAUUUAAAAUGGCUGCUGGAAAUUUCUAUAUCAACGACAAGUCAACGGGCUCGGUGGUGGGUCAGCAGCCCUUCGGCGGCGGUCGCAUGUCCGGCACCAACGACAAGGCUGGUGGUCCACAUUAUAUACUCCGCUGGACGUCACCACAGUCCAUCAAGGAAACGUUUGUGCCAUUGCGUGACAUCAACUAUCCUUACAUGAGCGAAUAAAGCGCGCAAUGCCAAGCCUAAGAAAACGACAGGAAUCUCAUAAGAAUUAUGCAUAUAUGUAUAUGAGAGUAUGCGUAUAUAUGGAUUGAAUGUAUAUGAUUUUGUUGAAUAUUGUUUUUAAUAUAUAGUAUACACACACUCAUACACACACACACACACACACACACUAUUAUGCCACAAACCGGUUAAUGCAACCAUAUUUAUAUCUGUAGUUAAAUGUUGUAAUGAAUCUCUGCUGUAUUUUUGUCGCCUGGAAUGCCACAAAAGUUGUAAAUUGAUAUGCUGAUUACAUUUUUAAAUGCCCAUUCGCAUAAAAACAUACAUAUGAUGUAACUCGAAUUACAAAUAAUAUUUACUGUACUACCUAUAAUAUGCUAAACGUUUUAAAACAUUGUGAUUAUUUAAUAAUAUAAUUUACGCGUAUAACUAAAUGCUUUUGUUAUUUUCUUUUUUGUGUAACUUUGUUUUCAUAGUUAUAUAACUAAAUACAUAUAUAAUAUAUAAUAACUAUAGCAAACCAUUUGACAAUACAUUUUGCAGUACGAAAUAUGCAGAGUAGUAUAUAAAUAUAGACACAAAACCUACGCCUAUGAGCAUUAGAGCAUAACAAAGUUGCUACAAAUUAUUGAAAUAAAUUCACUCAAAUAAAACCUUAAACUGGAAUUUCACGACUUGUGCAUAAAUUUAUAGGACUGACUAAAUUCCUACUCGAUCUAAACAUUACUGCUUGCAACUUAGCAGGCUUUUAGCUCGCCUAAUCACUUAUUUUUAUAAAUUGUAUGUCAAAACUGAAAUGCACAGACGUACCAAAUGCAAACAUCGCAAUGUGGCACCUGUGGCACGACCUAAAGUUAACACGCGACCGAUGAGCAGCAGCGUGGAUCUAUUCGAAGAGCUGUAUUGUGGCAACGAUAAGGGGCUGAUCUACUGCUGGGGCAACGCAGAUGCCAAGCUAACAACAAGAGCAAGACCAGAGCCAGGUGCCAAGCUAACAACAA